UCUGCUUCUGCCUGCGGGGAAUAAUAACAAUAGGCUGGGGGGCUGCUUGGCCUCCAGGAUCAUUUGCAGCUCGGCGGGGCCAUUAAUAACGAGCAAUUGAAGUUUCCAAUACAAAAGGUGUUUUGUGGGGUUGGAAAUAACCUGGGACUCCUCUAUAUCACAUGGACACAAUACAACUUUAUAUAAUGGCACAAACGAACUCACAGAGAAACUCUGUCAUCUACUUCACAAGCUUCCGUAAUAGUGAUAGUAAAAUCCGAGUCCAACCCUUCCAAUGAAUUCGUCACGGUAUAUGAGAGUAAAAGGCAACAUUAUGGCGGUGCAGAUAAAAGGCAAUGAUCGCCUCACCGGUAGCGAAGGGUCAGGACACGUAGAAACGCCUCAGCAAAUUCCUAUCCGCAUUACUUGCCAAAUAACUUCAGGACUGUGAGAGCCUCGAGCAGCGAGCGGGUUAAGAAGUAAUCUGAGCACAGGCGAAGGGAGGGGAGAAGGACUGGCCGGGUCACGUGACGGCACAAAGCUCCGGCUCUAUAUGGGAAAUACUUCCCGUCACUGGGCAGCUACUGUGCAGGCUGAGGGUGCGGGAAUUACACAGAGUGGACAAAAGGAAAACGAAAGUGGAAGGCGAGAGCUGACCGAAGACAGGGAUAUACUGCGCUACGUUAAAAAGGCAGCGUGCCCCUCAUGGUGAAUAAGAGCAGGACACGUGUGUAGCGCUCACCGCUGUGACAUUACUGUACCUCUCUCAGCAGAGACGCCCUGUACCCGCCGUCAGGUGACUGCAACCCACACGCACCGGAGCAACAGGAACUCACAGCCAUGUCCACCUCCCCGCUGCCCAAGAAGGGAUACUAUACCCAGGAGGUGAAUAAGACCGUGUGGGAGGUGAAGGAGAGGUACAGAGAGCUGCUGGCUGUGGGCUCGGGAGCCUAUGGCACUGUUUGCUCAUCUCUUGACACUAGGACUGGAACAAAAGUAGCCAUCAAGAAACUGUACCGUCCUUUUCAAUCAGAACUCUUUGCAAAACGAGCUUAUAGAGAGCUGAGGCUUUUGAAGCACAUGCAGCAUGAAAACGUAAUUGGAUUAUUGGAUGUUUUUACUCCAGACACAAAUUUGGAAAAAUUCAAUGAUUUUUAUUUGGUGAUGCCAUUCAUGGGUACGGACCUUGGCAAAAUAAUGAAACAUGAAAAGCUAUCUGAAGACCGAAUCCAGUUUCUGGUUUAUCAGAUCCUCAGGGGGCUAAAGUACAUUCAUUCAGCUGGCAUAAUCCACAGGGAUUUAAAGCCUGGAAAUCUUGCAGUAAAUGAAGACUGUGAAUUAAAGAUUCUGGAUUUUGGCCUGGCAAGGCACACAGACAGUGAAAUGACUGGUUAUGUGGUGACCAGAUGGUACAGAGCCCCAGAGGUGAUACUCAAUUGGAUGCACUACACUCAGACAGUGGAUAUCUGGUCGGUUGGCUGUAUCAUGGCAGAGAUGUACACGGGGAGGCCACUGUUCAAGGGAAAUGACCAUCUGGACCAGCUGACAGAAAUCAUGAAAGUUACUGGGACACCAACUCAGGAUUUUGUCCAGAAGCUCCAGAGUCCUGAUGCUAAAAACUAUAUCAAGAGUCUCCCUAAAGUGCAGAAGAAAGACUUUGGAGCAUUGCUAAGAUAUGCAAACCCUCUUGCUGUAAAUAUCCUUGAGAAGAUGUUGGUGCUGGAUGCAGAGAAGAGGAUAACAGCCACAGAGGCUUUAGCACAUCCAUACUUUGAGCAGUUCCAUGAUAUUGAUGACGAGACAGAAGCUGAACCCUACGAUGAUUCAUUUGACAAUGUAAAUCUUCCCCUGGAGGAAUGGAAGCUGCUCACACACAAGGAACUCGCUAGCUUUAAGCCAUUGGUGGCUGAUUCAAAGGAAACAUCAGUAUAACAUGUCACAAAGCUACAAACAAAUGUGAGCUGUGACUUUUCAAAACUGGACUAUAUCCUGGAUGUAAACUGUAUGGUCUGUAUUGUAGGAACUAUUUGUGUUGCUCCCCCCAACAAGGAUCUAGUGCCUUUUUGUAAAUCCUUUGUGUAGGGGUGUUUGAUUUGCCAGUAUGUUAUCUUACUGCUGCAAAUAAUAUGCUAGAAAUGGUGUACAAAAUUAAAUGAUUCAUUCCAUUGUGAAGAUUCAGUGUAAGUGUAGAAUCUAGCUUUUUGCCUCUGUAUGAGUGGUCUGACUGUGCUAACUUUGCCUAGCACAAUAUAAAUAUAUAUAUAUAUAUAUAUAUAUAUAUAUAUAUAUAUAUAUAUAUAUAUAUAUAUAUAUAUAUAUAUAUAUAUAUAUAUAUAUAUAUUCCCACACCCCAUAGCACUAGGUAGAUGUGAGCAUAUUCUACCUAAAAUGCUCAUUUUGGUUAGGGUUGUAUUCUUUCUGUUCUGGUGAUAUUGUUCCAGUAUGUAGUGCAGCUUAAAGGAGUAACACUUGUGCAUAAAACCUAGACACUAAUAUUUCUCAUAUGUCUAUGGUAUAUUGCCAUUGUUGCUAACCAGUCUUUAAUGUGCUGUGUUAAGUGCCCAUUUCAAAUUUCCAUCAUUUCUUUCAACUUUUUGGUCCAGUGGUUUGCCAUCUGCUUCAUUUUAACAUUACCUGACAUCAUUCCCUUUGUUCAUAUAGCAGUAAAGCACUAAAAUAUAGCUUUAAGUCUAAAUUUGAAUUAACAGGCAUGCCUGCUUUAAAAGAAAAUGGACCCUACAAACCCAGACAGGUUGUGCCCCACACUUCUCUACACUUCCCAUUGCUUGUAAAUCACACUGUUUUGCAUAUAAAUACCCAUCUAAGAUUUUUUUGCCUCAUCUCCAACCUUCUUGCCGCAUACAACCUCAGUCCAAAUUCUUAUGUCUCAUUGAUUAUCAGUCAUUGCAAGUAAAUAUGUUUCCAGAUGCCUUUUUUAAGAUACUUCUUGCCCAUGUUCUCCAUGAGAAUUCUAGAAGAGUGAAGAGUGAAAUAAUGACAAUUUACAGCUAUUUAUAGACUGUACUUUGCAGGAGUUUCACAGUCAGGUUUGAGAGUAAGGAUUUGAAAACAUAAAGGCAAAUUAAGAUGGUAUGUCUCCUAAACUGAUCACUGCAGAAUAUAUACCGGGAAGAGGAUGUGCUAGAUUAAUUAGAAAAUACAUAAUGUAUGAUGCAGCAGAUGACCAAAAUAUAUGAAAUUUAAGAGUUCUAGCUAAAAAAAAAAAGAUUGCCUGUUGAGCUAUAGAGAAGAAAAGACUGAAAAUUCUCUCAAAUAUUUGUGUUUGUUAUACAAGAGAUGGAGCAUUAUGUAAA